CCUUCCUUUUCAUUUCACCCAAAAAAGAAAAUUCCCGAGUCACAUUUUCCCGGAAAAAGAAAAUGAGAUUUUCUCGCUAGAUUUUCUUCUGAUUUCAAUUCAUUGUAUCUUUAUAGGAAGAGAAUUCCAAAAUUUACGAUGGCCGUUCUAAUUCAGUACCCGGAAAUGUCAAUUGCGCCCCAAAUUGUCAAAAACCCUAACCCUAAUCUGAGCAAGCUCUACAGCUUCAGACCCUACACUAAGAAGGGUACUCUUAAGGCAAUUGGGUCGAAUCGUGAGAUGAAAAUCUCUUGCAAAGUGAAGGAAUUGGGCGUUUUGAAUGUGGGUUUGGAUCAGAAUGUUAAGGAAAGUUCGAGACUGAGCAAAGAGGACGAAGAGAAGCAGAAUUACUAUGUAAAUUUGGGAUACGCAAUCCGAACCUUGAGGGAAGAAUUCCCUGAUUUGUUCUACAAGGAACUCAGCUUUGACAUCUACAGGGAUGAUAUUGUAUUCAAAGAUCCGCUGAAUACUUUCAUGGGCAUUGAGAAUUACAAAUCGAUUUUCUGGGCGCUACGCUUUCAUGGCAGGAUUUUCUUCAAAGCUCUGUGGAUCGACAUAAGUACCGUGUGGCAGCCCGUUGAGGACAUCAUUAUGAUUCGCUGGACAGUUCAUGGGAUCCCACGAGUCCCAUGGGAGAGUCGAGGUAGGUUUGAUGGAACCUCUGUGUACAAACUUGACAAACAAGGCAAGAUAUACGAGCACCGUGUCGACAACAUUGCUUUGAAUUCACCUCCCAAGUUUAAAGUUCUUGGUGUGGAAGAACUAAUUCGAUCUGUUGGGUGUCCCUCAACCCCAAAACCAACUUACUUUGAAGUAUCUUCAACUACUGAGAGAACAUGAUAUUGCUCAAGUUCUUCAGAAAGUUUUGGUGUAAAUUGUGCAUAUUAUGGAUAAAUAUAUUGAAUACAUAUAGCUGUGAGAAACUUGCCUUACAUGGUUUUAGAAUCUAUUAGCACAAGUAUAUAAUAGCCUAUCUAUAUAUAUAGGGUUCUCUUUGCUAUUGUGAAUAGUUGAGCUUGUAAAGCACUGAAUAUAUGAUGUGUAAUUCAAUGAAAUAGUUACAUGAUUGUCUAA